AUGCUUCAAAAUGAUGAUGAUGCUAUGUCUUGCUCGAAGAAUGAGUUGUUAGGAGAAGAUGUGGUAGAUGAUGAGGUAGAUGAUGAGGAUGAGGAUGAUGAUGAUGAUGAUAAGUUUAGUGGUAUCGGUGAUAGUUUUGAGUAUGAUACCACUAAUGGUUCUGAUGAAGAUCACGACGAUCUGCAGGAAGAAACUUCAAAAUUGCAAAUGGAAUCAAGUCAAUUAACCAUUCAUGUGGGUCAAGAAUUUAAGAGUAAGAGAGAGCUGCAAUGGAGGCUGAAUAUGCUUAAACUAGAAGAAGACUUCCACUUUCGAGUUUACAAGUCAGAGCCAUCUCUUCUUGUGGUUAAGUGUAAUGGUGAUAAAAGAUGCAAAUGGAUGGUAAGAGCAUCAAAAAUAGACUCCACUUGUGAACGUUUUACAGUACGGAAAUACGUAUCGGUACAUACGUGUCCCUUGGAAUCAAGAAAACCUGGAAGAGUGACAGCAAGAUUUAUCAGCCAACUUUUUGAGAAUGACCGAGGCGAAGAUGGCCAUAACAGCAAACCAGCUGAUAUUAGUAGCAUGAUGCUCAUCAAAUAUGGUUUUGAGAUGAAGUAUUGGAACUCAUGGAAAUCACUAGAACAUAUGAAAGAAUCAGUAAGGGGUACAGCAGAAAGUGGAUAUGAGCGUCUCCCAGCUUAUAUUCAUUUGAUCAAGAAAUACAACCCUGGAACAAUAGCGCAUCUUGAGAAAGACGUCAAUGACAGGUUCAAGUAUUUGUUUAUUUCAUUCGGUGCAUGUAUACAAGGAUUUAAAUUCCUGAGGAAAGUAAUUGUGGUGGAUGGGAGUUUUCUAAAAGGAAAGUAUGAGGGGCUUUUGUUAGUUGCAACUGCGCAAGAUGGUAACUAUAAGAUUUUUCCCAUUGCAUUUGGAAUUGUUGAUUCUGAAGAUAAUGCUGCUUGGGAAUGGUUUUUCAAUAGAUUGAGAGAAGUGAUACCCGAUAGCCCCGACUUGGUUAUAAUUUCUGACAGACACAAGUCUAUUGCAAAAGCCAUUACAAAGGUAUAUCCAGCUGCUCGACGUGGAAUAUGCACAUACCACCUGAAGAAAAACAUCAUCACCAAGUUUAGAGGGAGUGAAAAUUUGGGUUUGGUGAAACAAGCUGCAAACGCGUAUAGUUUGCCAGAAUUUGAAGAUGCAUUUCGUCAGAUUCGUCAUGACAAUCCAAGAUUAGCUAAUUAUUUAGAGAAAGCUGGUGUCACUUUAUGGUCUCGUGCUCACUUUUCAGGAAAUCGGUAUAACGUUACCACUAGCAACAUUGCUGAAUCUAUCAAUGGUGCAUUGAAAAAAGCAAGGGAGCUUCCAAUUGUUUAUUUUCUUCAGUACGUUGGGGAUAUGCUUAGUAGGUGGUUUUAUGAGCGUCGACUGGCUGCUGCACUGUAUGAGGCAAAUAUCACGCCUCGAGUUGACAAGAUGCUGAAACGAAGAUCUGUUAUUGGGAAGCACUUAAAAGUGCAUCCAAUAAAUACAUACCGGUUUCAGGUAAAACUACCUACUGGAGAUUGUGUAGUUGACUUUGAGCAUAAGACAUGUACUUGUCGCAGGUUUGACGUGCACAAAAUACCAUGUGUUCAUGCCAUUGCUGCUGCUAGGAAAACAUCUUUGAGAUGGGAAUCUCUUGUAAGUCGUCACUAUACGAAAACUUGUUUGUUUGGCGCAUAUGCAGAGAGUAUUUCUCCUAUAGAAGAAUGGCUUAUACCGCCAGAAAUCGCUGUCCAAGCAUGUCGUCCUCCUAAAAUGAGGAAAAGAUCUGGGAGACGUAAAAAGAGAAGAUAUAAAUCUGCAUUAGAGAACGCUACACAAGCAAAACGCCCUCGGAAGAAACAUGCAUGCUCUAAUUGUGGUGUUUCAGGUCAUAAUUGCAAGACAUGUUUGUUAUGA